AUGUUUGACAGUCUGUCUGUCAUCAUUGAAAAGCAUUGGAAGCAGGUCUUGUCUCGUCGAGUGAUUGAUGAGUUUGUAGUUCAAGUGCAAGGAUAUCCUAUACAGCAAGAGGCUCCUCCUGUACUGUAUAUAGAAGGGUACUACAUGCUAUACAUCAGCAGACAUGACUUGCUGUUUGUAUCUGCUGUUCAGACAGAAGUUGCGCCGUCCAGCGUCUUCUUCUUCUUGCAUCAGAUCGUCGAGCUUUUGUACGACUAUUUCGGCGGCAUGUCUGAGCAGAUUCUCAAAGAGAAUUUUGUGAUUGUGUAUGAGCUGCUAGAAGAGUUGGUUGACUAUGGAUCGCCAUACAUCACCGAGCCGUGUUUACUCAAGGAGAUGAUUCCUCCACCAUCGCUGCUGGCAUCGAUGAUGAAUGCAGUGUCUAUUGGGACUCAAUUCGGCACCAAGCUGCCGACAGGGUAUGCAUCGACUGUUCCAUGGCGAUCAACAGGACUCAAAUACACCAACAAUGAGAUAUUUUUUGAUGUUGUUGAAGAGUUGGAUGUUAUCAUGGACAGGAACGGGAAAAUAGUAGCAGGCGCCAUAUUUGGAGACAUUCUGUGUACCAGUAAGCUUUCUGGUAUGCCAGAUCUUCUUCUCACAUUAGGCAACAAGACUGCGAUUGCAGAUGGCAUGUCGAGUCUACAUCCAUGUGUUCGUGUAGGACGUUACGAACGAGAUCGAACGCUGUCGUUUGUUCCUCCUGAUGGAGCGUUUCGCCUGAUGGAGUACAAUGUUCCAAUCCACAGCCAGACUCAGCUUCCCAUCCUAGUCAAGCCAACACUGAAAUGGAAAAGGAGUGGAGGUAAACUAGAUAUUAGCAUUCAUCCUAAAAUACCAAGCGAAAGGAUGAUAGAUCAGUUGGUGAUUACUGCCAAUUUGCCCACUGAAGUCUUGUCCAUCCGUACCAAUCCAACUAUAGGACGCUGUAGUUUUGAUCCUACCAGCAAGGUGCUUACAUGGACGAUUGGGAAAAUGGCAGCAAAUCUAACCACAUCAGGACUUGCACAAUUUACUGGAUACCUUGUCACUGAGAAUGCAGCGGAGCUGUCUAAGCGAUCCAAGAAUAUAGUGUUUAAUGUUGAUUUUCGAAUCAAUAUGCAUUCAGUAUCUGGCAUACGCAUUGACUCAUUGGCAGUUCAAAACGAAGGGUAUACUCCGUUCAAGGGAGGUCGAGGAUAUACAAAGACGGGACGAUUUCAAAUACGAACGUAUUGA